UGGGGGAAGAACUCCGUUUUCCCAGUGAAAACUUUGGAAUUCUCUUUCAAAUUCCCUUCGAAAGCAGCUGUGAGCUGAAGAGUUUGGGCUCGGAUCUGCUCAGGAGGAAAGGCAGUGCCCCAGCAAAGCCCCCCCUGGCAGUGCCCAGGAACCCCGGCAGUGCCAGGCAGGGGCGGCUGCCCGGCCCCACGGCUCAGGGACAGCCCCAGGGGCUGGGGCAGCUGCAGCACCGUGAGAAGCUGGAGCAGAGGCAGCAGAAAAAGCUGGAACAUCAGGAACAGAAUCAUCUGGAGAUGGAGCAUCAGGAGCAGAGGAAGCAGAAAAGGCUGAAACAUCACGAAAAUAAUAAUCUGGAGCAGCGGAAGCAGAAAAUGCUGGAACAUCAGGAACAGAAUCAUCUGGAGAUGGAGCAUCAGGAGCAGAGGAAGCAGAAAAAGCUGAAACAUCUGGAGAUGGAGCAUCUGGAAGAGAAGGAGCAGAAUCAUCUGGAGCAGAAUUAUCUGGAACAGAGGAAGAAGAAGAAGCAGAAUCAUCUGGAGCAGAAUAAUCUUGAACAGAAUCAUCUGGAGCAGAGGCAGCAGAAAAGGCAGAAUUAUCUGGAGCAGAAUUAUUCGGAGCAGAGGAAGCAGAAGCUCCAGUUGAUGGAGCAUCAGGAGCAGCGGAAGCAGAAUCAUCUGGAGCAGAAUUAUCUGGAACAGAGGAAGAAGAAGGAGCAGAAUCAUCUGGAGCAGAAUUAUCCGGAGCAGAAUUAUCCGGAGCAGAGGAAGCAGAAAAAGCCAAAGCUCCAGGAGAUGGAGCAUCAGCAGCAGAGGAAGCAGAAGAAACACAAUUAUCUGAAGCAGAACAAGCUGGAACAUCUGGAACAGAACCAUCUGGAAACAGAACAUCUGGAACAGGAGCAUCUGGAACAGAACCAUCUGGAAACAGAGCAUCUGGAACAGAACCAUCUGGAAACAGAGCAUCUGGAACAGAACCAUCUGGAAACAGAACAUCUGGAGCAUCAGGAACAGAAUCACCCAGAGCAGAGGAAGCAGAAGAAGCUGAAGCUCCAGGAGCAGGAGCACCAGGAGCAGAGGAAGCAGAAGAAGCUGGAUAAGAGACAGCGGGAGAAGCAGAAUUGUCUGGAGCAGAAUCAUCUGGAGAUUCAGCAGCAGGAGCAGAGGAGGCAGAAAAAGGCGGAUAAGAGACAGCAGAAGCAGAAUUGUCUGGAGCAGAGUGCCCUGGAGCAGAGGCAGCAGAAUCACCUGGAGCAGAAUCACGUGGAGAUGGAGCAGAGGAAGCAGAAAAAACUGGAUAAGAGACGGCAGAAGAAGCAGAAUAAUCUGGAACAGAAUCAUCUGGAGCAGAGGCAGCAGGAUAUUCUGGAACAGAAUCACCUGGAACAGAAUCAUCUGGAACAGAAUUACCUGGAGAUAGAGCAGAGGAAGCAGAAAAAGCUGGAUAAGAGAUGGCAGAAGAAGCAGAAUUGUCUGGAGCAGAAUGCCCUGGAGCAGAGGCAGCAGGAUUUUCUGGAGCAGAAUCACCUGGAGACAGAGCAGAGGAAGCGGAAAAAACUGGAUAAGAAACAGCAGAAGAAGCAGAAUAAUCUGGAGCAGAGGGAGCAGAAUCAUCUGGAGCAGAAUCAUCUGGAACACAGGCAGAAGAAUGGCCUGGAAGAGAAUCCCCUGGAGCAGAACCACCUGGAGAUUCAGCACCAGGAGCGGAGGAAGCAGAAGAAGCCGGAUAAGAGAUGGCAGAAGGAGCAGAAUCCCCUGCAGCAGCCGUGCAGCGUGCCCCCCAGGAACUGCUCUCUCUCCCCACGCCCCAAAAAGAAGAAGCAGCAGCAGGACACGUGGUGACAGGUGGCUCCAGCCAGGGCUGCUGCACAAGGCUGCCUUAAAUCUGCUUUUUAAAUCUGCUUUUUUAAUCUGCUUUUUUAUCUCCCUUUUCUCACUGCCCACAGCUCUGCUGCUUCUGCAGGAGUUUUUUAGCCUGGCGCUGUGCCUGAUCCGUGAGGGAUGCUGGAGAAACAUCCCCAGAGCCUUCAACAAAGCGGGUUUUUGUUGAUUUCCUCAGGGACCGGCCCCCAAAACGCCGAUUUUUAUGCUCCUUUUUACUAAAGUAAAUUCCCACGCUGUGCAAACCCCA